AUGGCCGUUGGCCAGGCGCUGCCGGUGCGCUUUCCGUGCUGGUGCAAGGCUGUUUAUUCAUGGGGAGGAGAGACAAAACGCGACCUCGGAUUUAUAGAAGGUGACCUGAUCGAAGUCCUCAACGCCGGUGAUGGAGCUUGGUGGAUGGGCCGGUUGAAGCGCGACAGGCGUAUGGUCGGACUGUUUCCAUCCAACUUUGUCGAACUACUCAGUGAUGACUAUCAACCAUGGGCACGCAACGGCAGCGGAGGAAGCAUGUCGAGGCAAAACAGUGCCCAGGAGCAGCCGAAGCCGGUACCCCAGAAGCAGAAGAGCAUGUUCAGGAAGCCCUUUACGGCCUAUGCGGCUGCAGGCGCCCCGAAUCCAGCUGCAGCAGCGCGAGAGAGGCUCAAGGCAGGCGGCAUAAACUCACCAAAUGACAGUGUCAAGACCAAGACUCCCUACUCGUCAAUGAAGCGGUCGUCUACCGAGAGCCGUGAGACCCCAUCGCCCGCGCCUUCAACAAAAAAGCAGUCAAACCUGCGCACAGUACCACCGCGACCUUCUUCCAAGAGAACACCCGUAACACGCGCUAUCUCGCCAGCGCCACCGUCACGACAUGGCUCCCAUACACGCGCACCGUCAUCUCCCGCACCGCCCGCCGACUAUCGCUACCAGCCUCGCGCCGUAUCACCAGCUCCUCCCAUACGACGCGGCUCGUAUAUUCCACCACAAUCUCAUGCGCCUCCAGCUCAAUACCAGUACCAGCCCCGUGGUGUGUCGCCUGCACCUCUCAUACAGCACCGCAAUUAUGCUAGGGCAGCAUCUCCAGCUCCUCCACAACAAGUACAAGAUCUAUACCGAGCAGCCUCGCCAGCUCCUCCAAGGCAAAGUCAAGAUAUGUACCGGGCAGCGUCUCCAGCUCCUCCACGACAAAGUCAGGACUAUUACCGGACAGCCUCGCCAGCGCCUCCAGUCCACUACCAGCAGCAUUCACGAGCUGUAUCACCCGCACCAUCCUUCCAGUACCGAGCAUACGACCGUGGACCUUCGCCAGCACCAUCAUUUCAAGAGCGUUCGCGGGCAGCCUCGCCAGCACCCUCAUUCCAGUACCGCGCAUACGAUCGAGGUCCAUCACCGUCCCCGUACCAGAUGCAAUUGGACGAUGAUGACCACAGCCGUGGUCCAUCGCCUGCGCCUUACAACGACGAGUUCGAAGAAGACCCUCUUGACUCGUCACCACCUCCACCUCCACCACCGCAUCGCGUCGCUUACGAUCCGAGCAGAGCUCCAUCUCCCGCACCUCCUUCGCAUAAUGGCUUCAUCACACCCGAACCGCCCUCGCCUGAUCCAAGAGCACGUGGAGGCCACUUCACACCCUCUCCCCUUACCACAGCAAUGAACGACGUCAUGUCGUCUUUGCAGGAUAUGACAACGUCAAGAAGUAAUGAAUCGCCAGAAGAACCCCCGACUCCAUCGAACCCAUGGUCUCCGGAAGCAUUCGAUCAAGUGUACCAAGAGUCGGCUAAGAAGGUCAGGGCACAGUCCGCUAUGAGCCGCGGUGACGAAGACGAAGAAGAAGGUCUGCCAGAUGUCAACAAUUACAUGAAGCGCAUGGAAAGUCGUCUAAGGCGGAUGAAGCAACAAGAGCAAGCUAGGAACGGCGAGCUUUUCAUGGGCGAAGACGAAGGACCAACCGUACCUUUGAAGAGCUCACACCAACGACCCGGAUCCUCGAUGGCAGAUGUAGAGCCAGAGGUUCAACGGAAAGGCUCAAAGCUACUUAACCACCGCAAAUCCGCCUAUAACGUUGGACGUAAUGCCCUUGGACGAACAUUUACGAGCAAAACGAAUUCUACGACUACGACACAUACAAGCAACAGCACUGAUCGCAGUUUGAUGUCUGGACACUCUGCUACGAACAUGAGUGCUACAAGCGCUGGAAGUUAUUACCGCAAGAAAUUUGGGAAAGACCGACCAAAGAGUGUUAUAAACACCAAAGACACGACCGGGAAAGGGUACGGGUUCGACGAUGGGCGACCAGAAACGCCUUUUACCGGUGUCACCUAUCACUCGAGCCAUGCUUCGCAGCCACAGGCCGGCUCCAGCGAUAAUCAACAAGCUGAGGCUAGCACUCCAGCAACGGACGACCCGGAUCCCCUUGGUGGCUUGAGGCAGCCACUGAAGACGAAGCGCAGCGGCUUCUUCCGUAAGAUGAUAGAUACUGCGAAAACUCAAGCAGCGAAUGCACGCAGCACUAUCGACACAAUAAGUAGGCCAGGAUCUCGAGCUGCCAGCCGAGCUGCGGGUCGUUCACAAAGUCGAGCCGCAAGCCGCAUGGAUAACUCCGAAUCGACAGGCAUAGAAGGGGGUAAAGCAACCCACUCGACGAAGGAAUCUAGAGAUACUGGUCUAGGGACGGUAGAUUGGGUACAAGUUCGCCGGGAUGUGAAUCGAUCCAACUCACUGAGUAAAAACGAGCGUGCGGAGCGAGCGGAAAGAUGUCAGAUGAUGGAUAUUCCCGUUCUGAACCCCAUCGAGAUACUGUACGAGUCUGCUGAAGGGGACGAAGGUCUCGAUGGUCUUCCCAUCACUGAGCCUACCGACUUCGCAGCUUGCAGUCUUGCUCACGUGGACAAGAGCGCACGCUUUAUCAACAGCAUUCCUCUCGGAACAAACCCAGCGACUUUGGCUCAAGGUUACGUUUGCCGACCAUACCGGAGCGACAUUCAACGAUUACGCGCUAUCUUCACCUGGGUCAGCGAACGCAUAUCGUGGGAAGAAGACUUUGAGGGUGAGAUGGACCCGAAGCAUGUGCUUCAGAGCAAGCGCGGGUGCUCCGAAGAAAUUGCCAUGGUUGUGGCAGAGAUGUGCGCUUCCGUCGGAAUGCACGCUGAAGUUGUCCGUGGCUACCUGAAAACACCGGGCGAACCUCUGGAUCUAGAGAGCGUCGCGCGGCCGAACCACUUCUGGAACGCUGUCAUUGUGGAGGGUGAGUGGCGCAUAAUGGACUGCUCCCUUGCUGGACCAACAAAUCCAAAGCGAGUUCACUACUCGACUGCGGGAUCAUCUGUGGCUGAGACAUGGUACUUCCUCGCUCGCCCUAUGGAGAUUUGCUACUCUCAUGUCCCACUCCUCCCUGAACAACAACACAUUUGCCCUCCCCAGCCACACGAGGUGCUAAUGGCACUCCCUUGUGCAACACCCGCUUACUUCCGACACGGUCUGAACGUGGUAAACUUUGAUACUAGUCUCUUGAACUUGGACAACCUGGAGAUGGCACACGUCUACGUUGACGUACCAGAAGAUGUAGAGUGUGUUGCGGAGGUUGAGGCAAGAGCCUACGAUCAAGACAUGGACGGCGACCUUUUCGAGAACGGAGAGAUUGUCAAAAAGCCGGCGUUGGCACAAGCCGAAUGGUAUGGCGGCCAGAAAAGAUACACUGUCAAGGCCCUUCUACCGGGUGACGGCGGUCAGGGUGUCCUGAAAAUCUAUGCAGGACCCCGGGGACUCAUGCACUCCAACAAGAUGAAUCCCCACAACCUGGCAAUCGGCCUACCCAUGACGCAUACCGGCACUAACCCUCCGUACUCGUUUCUGACUCUUCAUCCUACGCCCCACGCCCAACGACACGACUUAUACGUCGCUCAACCGCAGUGUGCUAAUCUAGCCCUAAACAACACUUUCGUCUUCUGCGUCCGCCAACAUCCAUCAUCUCUCACCAAAUCCCCAGAACCCAGCCCUGCGAUGCACGGCCGAGCAUCUCCAAACCCUUUCGCUCGUCCUGCUUCCGCUAUGAGCAUGCAGAGUAUCUCAGCAACUGGAUCCAACUAUACAAACCCAUCUCAGAGUUCUUCCGGAUCAGCAGGCAGUAGCAGCAACAAGCCUGCCAAGCUAGCCGUACAGACACCUUCUGGCAAGAUCAUACGUCUGACCAGGAAGACGGAGCAUAUGAGCAGUACCAAUGAUGCUGACGGUACGGCUUGGGAGACGGUCAUCAAGAUUGGAGAGAAAGGCACAUGGCGAGGCUUGGUGCUUGCUGAUCGGAGCGCAAGGUGGUGCGUUUUUGCUCAAUGGGAGUGUACUUGA